UUUUGCUUCUCAAAUUUCUUCGAUUCAAAGUUACAUAUCAAUCAAUCAAUCAAUCCAUAAUAAUAUACUUUACGAUUAGUUUAUAAUUCUCAGUACUCACUACGAUACUUGCUCGAUCCAAGUUCUUGUCCUUCACCGGAUGCGAUCUAUUAGCAUCCCUGUUUGCGCCGAAGAUUACAAUCUCUCUUCCACUCUGCAAUUUCCAUGGCGAUUCACAAGACCCAGAAGGCAAAACCCAAACCCAGAUCCCCAUUCCUCUUCUUCUUCGUUGCCCUCGCCGUCAUUGCGUUUCUUUUCCUAUUUUCCUCUCUGAUUUCCACUAAUGGGGUUUCUUCUUCUUCUUUUCCAUCAUCAAAUUCGAUUCGUGAAAUCUUCAGAUUCAAGAAUUUGAACCAGAAACAGAGACGUAAUCGGCACGUUUUUAGUACGAACGACAAGUUCUUGUACUGGGGCAACAGAAUCGACUGUCCUGGGAAGCAUUGCGAGUCUUGCGAGGGUUUGGGUCACCAGGAGUCCAGCUUGAGGUGCGCCCUUGAGGAAGCCAUGUUCCUCCAGAGAGUAUUUGUAAUGCCCUCUAGAAUGUGUAUCAACCCUAUACACAAUAAGAAAGGGAUUCUUCAUCAGUCAACCAAUGCAAGCUCAGAGGAAAGAUGGGAAACAAACUCUUGUGCCAUGGAUUCGUUGUACGAUAUGGAUCUUAUAUCUGAUACCGUACCGGUGAUUUUAGACAACUCAAAAUUAUGGUAUCAGGUGCAGUCAACUGGUAUGAAAUUAGGAUCUAGAGUGGUUGCCCAUGUUGAUCAAGUUAGUCGUAUUGAACUCAGAGACGACAGCCGCUACUCCAAUCUUUUGCUAAUAAAUCGAACUGCCAGCCCUCUUUCAUGGUUUAUGGAAUGCAAGGACAGAAACAACCGCAGUGCCAUAUUGUUGCCCUAUAAAUUUCUUCCUUCUAUGGCAGCAGAAAACUUGAGGGAUGCAUCUGAGAAGAUUAAAGAGCUACUCGGUGAUUACGACGCCAUCCAUGUUCGUCGUGGAGAUAAAAUAAAGACCAGAAAGGACAGGUUUGGUGUUGAUAGAAGCUUACAUCCACAUCUCGACAGGGAUACACGGCCUGAGUUUAUGCUAAAGAGAAUAGCAAAGUGGGUUCCGCCAGGGCGGACACUUUUUAUUGCUUCAAAUGAGAGAACGCCGGGGUUCUUCUCGCCCCUCUCUGCUCGGUACAAGUUGGCUUAUUCCUCGAACUAUAGCCAUAUUCUGGAUCCUGUGGUUAAGAACAAUUAUCAGUUGUUCAUGAUCGAAAGGCUCGUUAUGGCGGGUGCCAAGACAUUCAUCAGAACGUUCAAAGAAGACGAUACAGAUCUUAGCCUCACCGAUGACCCAAAGAAGAACACGAAAGUGUGGCAAAAACCAAUCUACACAGAUGACGAAGAAAGUAGCUGAGGAUUUGUUAUUUCACUGAGAUGUCAUUUUGAUCCAUGCUAAUGCCAAACCAACAAAAGCCUUUCAUUGCUCGUUGUAAAGCUUCAUAUGAAUGAAUGGUAAUAGAAAGGGUAGAUUCUUGGCCGAUGAUGUUGUAUAUGUGGUAUAAAUUAUGAUCCUGGUUUCUGAAUUUCAUUACUUCCAUUUCUUUA